AUGGCGGACCUUACUCCCGUCAUCAUCGGUGUUGGAGAGAUUGUCAAUAGGUCUCUCCAGCUUUCAGAUGGAGUUGAGCCAGCCAUAUUGAUGAUCCAGGCAAUCAAGAAUGCUCUCAUGGAUACUGGCCUUAACCCUCCCAUACAAGCCAAGCUUAAGGCGACCAUCAAUAGUAUCGAUGUUGUAAGAUCCUGGACCUGGCCGUACGACAACCUCCCCGGACUUCUGGCCUAA